UACAAGCAUGUCUGGAAGAGGCAAAGGCGGUAAAGGACUCGGAAAAGGAGGCGCCAAGCGUCACCGUAAAGUUCUCCGUGAUAACAUCCAGGGAAUCACCAAACCCGCUAUCCGUCGUCUCGCUCGGCGUGGCGGUGUGAAGCGUAUCUCUGGCCUGAUCUACGAGGAGACUCGCGGAGUGUUAAAGGUGUUUCUGGAGAACGUCAUCCGUGAUGCUGUCACUUACACCGAGCACGCCAAGAGAAAGACCGUGACCGCCAUGGAUGUAGUGUACGCGCUGAAGAGACAGGGACGCACUCUGUACGGCUUCGGCGGAAACAUGGCUGAAACCGCUCCUGCUGCCCCACCGGCCAAAGCUCCUAAGAAGAAAGCGGCAUCCAAACCCAAGAAAGCGGGUCCAAAUGUCCGCGAUCUCAUCGUUAAGACUGUGACCGCUUCCAAGGAGAGACAAGGCGUGUCCCUCGCAGCCCUGAAGAAGGCUCUCUCUGCCGGCGGCUACGAUGUGGAGAAGAACAAUUCCCGCGUCAAAACCGCCGUCAAGGCCCUGGUGACUAACGGCACUCUGGUCCAGACUAAAGGAACAGGCGCCUCCGGUUCAUUCAAGUUGAACAAGAAGCAAGCCGAGCCCAAGAAGAAGCCAGCGGCCAAGAAAACUGCAGUGAAAGCCAAGAAACCCGCCGCUAAGAAGUCGCCCAAGAAGGUGAAGAAACCGACCGCCGUGAAGAAGGCGACAAAGAGCCCCAAGAAAGCCAAGAAGCCCGCAGCUGCCAAGAAAGCAACUAAAAGCCCCAAGAAGGCGAAGAAACCAGCGGCUGCCAAGAAAGCAACCAAGAGCCCCAAAAAGGCGAAAGUUGCAAAGCCCAAAACGGUGAAGCCGAAGGCGGCCAAGCCUAAGAAGGCCGCUGCCAAGAAGAAGCUGCUCCGCAAGGGUAACUAUGCUCAGCGUGUCGGUGCCGGUGCUCCAGUGUACUUGGCCGCUGUGCUCGAGUAUCUGACCGCUGAGAUCUUGGAGUUGGCUGGAAACGCCGCUCGGGACAACAAGAAGACCCGUAUCAUCCCCCGUCACCUGCAGCUGGCGGUGCGCAACGACGAGGAGCUGAACAAGCUUCUGGGUGGAGUGACCAUCGCUCAGGGCGGUGUGCUGCCCAACAUCCAGGCUGUUCUGCUCCCCAAGAAGACCGAGAAAGCCACCAAAGAGGUCUUUGAAGAAAUGGCAAGAACCAAGCAGACCGCCCGUAAGUCUACCGGAGGCAAAGCCCCGAGGAAGCAGCUCGCCACUAAAGCUGCUCGUAAGAGCGCUCCCGCCACCGGCGGCGUCAAGAAGCCUCAUCGCUACAGGCCCGGUACCGUGGCUCUGCGAGAGAUCCGCCGCUACCAGAAAUCCACUGAGCUGCUGAUCCGCAAACUGCCCUUCCAGCGUCUGGUCCGAGAAAUCGCUCAAGACUUCAAGACGGAUCUGCGCUUCCAGAGCUCCGCUGUCAUGGCUCUUCAGGAGUCCAGCGAGGCUUAUCUGGUCGGUCUGUUCGAGGACACAAACCUCGCCUUAAAAGCGAACAUGUCUGGAAGAGGUAAAGGCGGUAAAGGACUCGGUAAAGGAGGCGCUAAGCGUCAUCGUAAAGUUCUCCGUGAUAACAUCCAGGGAAUCACCAAACCCGCUAUCCCUCUCGCUCGCCGUGGCGGUGUGAAGCGUAUUUCUGGUUUGAUCUACGAGGAGACUCGCGGAGUGUUGAAGGUGUUUCUGGAGAACGUCAUCCGUGAUGCUGUUACUUACACUGAGCACGCCAAGAGAAAGACCGUGACCGCCAUGGAUGUUGUGUACGCGCUGAAGAGACAGGGACGUACUCUGUACGGCUUCGGCGGGUAAACGUCUGCGCUCCUCUCUGA